UUUGUUUAUUGUCUCGACUUUUAGUAAGUAGAAUAGUCAAGUAGUGGAAAGUAGUAACCUCGCUUAACCAAGUGAUGAUUGAACAUAGUGAAGAAAGCUUCAGUUAAGCCACACUGUUACGCUACGUGUAGCUUUGUCAGUUUAUUCCAUGACAACACUUUUCUACUCCCGUUUUUUCACAAAUAAAUACUGACAAAUACAAAUAAAAUAUAGAAAAUGGAGUAAAAAAUUCAAGAAACAAAGUCUCAAAUAUUUGCUGGCUUUAUCAUUUGGAAAAGAUCAAUAAAUUUAUAAAAUUUAUAGCUAAGUGAGUUUAGUAAAGAACAAAGCUUACAUGGUGAUCAUCAUAAAAAAUUUAUUCUAAUAUUGUGUACGAACAUAAAAAUAUUGUUGUCAGGACGAUGAGCUGCAUUGUAGUGACUUUUAUAUGGAUUGGAAUUUUAAUGACUGUGUCAGUAAAUUCCAAGUUACAAAUUCGUUCACGUCCAGUACUGAUAUACUCAAAUCAGUUUGCAGUACAUGUGCCAGCUGGAGCUGAAGUAGCAUCUAACAUCGCUGAAAAACAUGGGUUUUAUAAUUAUGGACAGAUUGGUUCUUUGUCAAAUUACUACCUAUUUGAACACAAAAGACUUCAUAAACGAUCUCUCAGUAUUAGUGAGCAUCAUGAAAAAAUAUUCAAAGAAGAACCAUAUAUACAUUGGUUUCAGCAACAACACGAAAAAAAACGAAGAAAAAGAGAUUUUUCUGGAGAUAUGGCAGAUUUUAAAGAUUUUCCAUCAUUUUUUCACGAGUAUAACUCUAGAUUACAAGAGAGUUAUCGUCGUCAAACAAAUCGUGGCGUUCCUCUUCAGAAUUUAUUUACUGAUCCAUUAUUUAAAGAACAGUGGUAUUUAAAUGGUGGCGCAAAAGAUGGCUUUGAUAUGAAUCUUGGUCCUGCUUGGCAAAAGGGAUAUACUGGAAAAGGUGUUGUUAUAUCUAUUCUUGAUGAUGGCAUUCAAACUAAUCAUCCAGAUUUGGCUUUAAAUUAUGAUCAUGAAGCCAGUACGGAUAUUAAUGAUAACGAUGACGAUCCUAUGCCACGAGAUAAUGGAGAUAACAAACAUGGAACGAGAUGUGCUGGUGAAGUGGCUGCAGUCGCUUUUAACCGCUUUUGUGGAGUUGGUGUCGCUUAUAAUUCGAGUAUAGGAGGUGUUCGUAUGUUGGAUGGUCCGGUGAAUGACGCAGUUGAAGCACGUGCAUUGGGAUUGAACCCAGAUCAUAUUGAUAUUUACAGUGCUUCGUGGGGACCUGAAGAUGAUGGAAAAACAGUAGAUGGUCCAGGUCCACUUGCAAGGCGUGCUUUUAUUUACGGUGUAACCAGUGGUCGUCAGGGUAAGGGCUCAAUAUUUGUAUGGGCGUCGGGUAAUGGAGGUCGUCACACAGAUUCAUGUAAUUGCGAUGGUUAUACCAACAGUAUUUUUACCCUGUCAAUAUCGUCAGCGACACAAGGCGGAUACAAACCUUGGUAUCUCGAAGAAUGUAGUUCCACUCUAGCUACAACAUAUUCUUCAGGAUCGCCUGGGAGCGAUAAAAGCGUAACAACUGUUGAUAUGGAUGCAAGUUUACGUGAAGAUCAUAUUUGCACUGUUGAACAUACAGGUACUUCAGCUUCUGCACCACUUGCUGCUGGUAUAGCUGCUUUAGCUCUCGAAGCUAAUCCAACACUUACUUGGCGCGAUAUGCAAUAUCUUGUUGUUCUAACAUCACGCUCACAUCCAUUAGAAAAAGAAUCUGGAUGGAUACUGAACGGUGUCAAACGCAAGGUUUCUCAUAAAUUUGGUUAUGGUCUAAUGGAUGCUGGAGCAAUGGUAAUAUUAGCAGAACAGUGGAUAAAUGUUCCUACUCAACAUAUUUGUAAGUCUCAGGAAAUUAAUGAGGAUCGUCAAAUAUAUCCAAUUUUUAAUUACACAUUUAGUGUAUCUAUGGACGUUAAUGCAUGUACAGGCACACUUAAUGAAGUUCGAUUUCUCGAACACGUACAAUGCAAGGUUUCUUUAAGAUUUUUUCCGCGUGGUAAUCUACGUUUAUUGCUUACUUCACCUAUGGGCACAACAUCAACUCUUUUAUUUGAAAGACCACGUGAUGUUUUAAACUCAAAUUUCGAUGAUUGGCCAUUCCUCAGCGUUCACUUCUGGGGUGAAAAAGCAGAUGGACGGUGGAUACUUCAGGUAAUGAAUGCUGGUAUUCGACAUGUUAACUCACCUGGAAUACUGAAAAAGUGGCAAUUGAUUUUUUACGGAACGGAUUCUAACCCAAUUAGAAUACGUACUCGACAAUUUAAUCCUGUGCAGACUCUAUUUAACCCGGUUCGUUAUCUUGUAACCUAUUCAGUACAUCCGAAUAAUGUAGUAUCUAUUCCAAUAGUUAAUUAAAAUGUAAACUUCUUAUCCAAUUCUAACUUUUAGAGUUAUCAAGGUUUGUAUGUUGGUGCUGCUUCAUACGUUGAGGCAUCAAUGACAACAUUGGAUGGUUCAUCUGUGCCCCUUAUGACAAAUAGACUACCCGAUGAUGAAUCAAAUAUACAAGCUGAUAACUUAUUCCUAGAUUCGAUGAAACAAAUUCGUUUACACGAUUGUGAUCUUCAAUGCGAUGUCCAGGGUUGCUAUGGCAAAGGUCCAAUGCAGUGUGUCGCUUGCAAAAAUUAUCGUUUUGACAACACGUGUGUAAGUCAAUGUCCGCCCAAAAGUUUUCCAAAUCAAGGUGGUCUUUGUUGGCCUUGUCACGAAUCUUGUAAAACAUGUGCUGGUGUCGGUCAGGACUCUUGCCUAUCAUGUGCUUCUGCCCACUUGCGUGUUACAGACUUAUCAAUUUGCCUUCAACAAUGUCCUGAAGGCUAUUUUGAAAAUGCAGAAAACAGUACAUGCGUACCAUGCGAAGCAAAUUGUGCAAGUUGCUCAAAUCGGCCUGAUCAUUGUACUAGUUGUGAACAUCAUCUGGUUCUUCAUGAAAAUAAGUGUUAUGCCGCCUGUCCUUUAUACACGUAUGAAACUCAAGAUUAUAAUUGUGCGAUUUGUCAUGUUACAUGCGAAACAUGUAAUGGCACUGCUAAUAAUCAAUGUAUUAGUUGUCGAUCGGGUCUCUUUUCUUUUCAAGGCGAAUGCAGACUCUCCUGUCCGAAUGGUUACAUUGCUGAUAAAAAACGUGGAGAGUGUGUCACCUGCCCAUUAGGUUGCACUAACUGUACAGUUGAAAGCUGUACAAAAUGCGAACUUGGCUGGAAUCUAAACAAGAAAGAUUUGUGCGUUCCGGAAUUUGGCUCUCGUUGCAAAAGUUUCGAAUUUUAUGAGGAUGGCGAAUGCAAAUCUUGUCAUUCCACCUGCAAGACUUGUGCCGGGUCUACUGAAGAUUUUUGCAUAACUUGUCAAAGUCCUUUAAUGCUUCAAAAUAAGCGCUGUGUUCUUCAGUGUGAUUCAGGAUAUUACAAUGAAAUACAAGGUUCUAGGUCGGUUUGCGUACCCUGCUUACACACUUGUUCCAAAUGCGUCUCUAAACUCAAUUGUACUUCAUGUCGAAAUGGACUGCAACUACAAAGUGGAGAGUGCAGAUCCACUUGUAUUCAUGGAUAUUACAGUGAUAGAGGUCGGUGUGCCAAAUGCUAUUUAUCUUGUAAAACUUGUUCUGGGCCAAGAAGAAAUCAGUGUGUUAGCUGUCCAAAAGGUUGGCAACUGGCUGCAGGUGAAUGCCAUCUAGAAUGCCCAGAAGGUUACUUUAAAACAACUUAUGGUUGUCAAAAAUGUCACCAUUAUUGUCGUACAUGUAAAGGAGAAGGCCCAUUAGAAUGUACAUCUUGUCCACCACGCUCAAUGCUUGAAGGAGGUAUGUGUAUGACCUGUUUUGGAGCGCAAUAUUAUGAUACCUUGACCCAGUUCUGCAGGAAUUGUCACGUGGACUGCAGUAAGUGUACUGGGUCUGGUAAAUUCAGCUGUUCAAGUUGUGUACCACCCCUCCAUCUGAAUAAAUUAAAUAAUCAAUGUGUACCCUGUUGUAAAGACGAAGAGAAGCUUGAUGAGGUUGAAGAGUGUUGCAUCUGUGAUUCCAAGACCGGUAGCUGCAGGAACAGUUCUCCGGCUGGUAAAAGAAGAGUUUCUGGAGUGGAGUCUAUACCUGUCAAAACAACUUCGAAUCUCGUUCUUCAAUUGGAGAAUAGUAAAAAAAAUUUUAAUGUAAAAGAUGAGUCGAUUAAUUUUGCUGUAACAGCAGGAACAACAAUAGCCGUAGCUAUCUGCAUGGCAUCGAUCGCAAUAUUUGCUACAAUAUUCGUCGUACUACAGACAAUAUCAAAUAGAAGAGAAAUUGCUUUGGGAUAUACAAAAUUGUCUGUAAGAAUAGAUCCUUCGGAUGAUGCCUAUGUUGAUGGAGCAAUGGAAUAUAUAACGUAAAUCUGUUAUUUAAGAAUUUAUAAUUAGGCCUUACAUUCUUGAUUGUUGGACAAUACUUGUACACAUUGAAUAUUGUCAAUUCUAUAUGUGUGUAUACACGAAUAAGAAAAUACAUAAAGAAUUUUAUUAGAAAUGUAGACUGUAUUACGUUUUCAAAUAUGAAACUAUAUUGUUUUCAAUUAAAUUUUUAAAAUGUAGGCCAAUAUAAGAUGAGAGAGAACAACCAUAACUACAUACCUAGAAUUCUUUAUUCAAAUCGAACAAAAAAAAAAUGAAUAAAUAAUGUACAAAAAAA